AUGCCACCGUUUCAAGUGCAUUGCCGAAAGCUCAAAAGGAGAUGUGUCAUCGCUGCGGAUGGCGCCCAGGCGCAAUGCGAACACUGCAUUUUGCGGCAGAAGGACUGCCAAUUCCUGCGCGUUGGGGAGGAAGUAACCCUGAAUGCAGAGAUGGGAACUCCAGUGGCACAGUCUACAUCAGUCUCCGCGCUCCAGGUUGUGUCCGCAGGCACAUCCUACCCGCCCUCGAUGGCAAGCACGUUGCCAGCUGGAAUGGUUACAACUAUGACUCCCAGUCUUUGGAGUGGGACACAUCCUUCGAUGGCCGCCGUGGCAGCCAACAUACAGCCACUGAACUUCGGCGCUUUAGAUACACACUUUGUUCAACCAAGAGCACCUGCUUCGCCAAGACGGGCUCCAAUGCCCACGAUGUCCCGAGCGCAGGAAGAUAUGGCCGUGACGUAUCCCGCCUCCGACGCGUCUGGGGAGUCGAUGGCCCACGGCCUGAGGAGAAGAGUAACGGAUCCCGUUUGGCCUCUUACUAGGAGCCAAGUUGAUCCGGAGAGUUUUUUCCCUGCCAGACUCCAAGGGACGCCGAUGUUGGCCUCGGGCCAGCCAGUAGGUGUAGGGUAUCCGGCACGGGAGAUGGAGAAUGUGAUACCCCAGGACGGCUUUAACGCUGUUAAGGGAGAAAUGUCACCUAGCUAUUCCGUCUCCCGGAAUGGAACAGUUGAGCAACCCUUGCCGUCUCCGCCGGGGGACUAUACAACGUGGGGAGACGUGUACCGGCUAAUUGCCAAAGCUUUCAUUAAGUUCAUUGAGCCGCAAAAACGGGCAAAGCACCCUUACAAGAGUCUCAAACGUCUGAAGGGUGAUCCACAAAGCACGAAGCCGGAUUGGUGGCCUUCUGAUGUUCCUCACAAGGAACCAGACCAUCUGUUGAAGGACCAGCGACUUCGCCUCUUGAUACAUAUCUUGCGAAAGCUUGGCGGGCGGGGAAUAACUUGUGGCGAGCUGCAAGAAGUCGCUGGUGAUUAUAGGCGGCAGCUACUUCCAAAAGAGGAGAUCGGGAUGAAGAUGAAGAUCCUUAACAAUAUCUUCAAGGUUCGGAGGCUUGAAGAGCAAUAUGAGCGUGAGGAAAUUGUACUCCCGGGCCGACACCGCGGCGGAGACGCGUCCGUCGACAAUGCCACCAACAUCCCGCACUUCAUCAGCAAGCACCGCAUCGAGCAGCAUCUCUUUGAGCGGACCCGGGAUGCGGAGAUGUCCUGGACGGUGCUGAGGCCGGUGUUCUUCUUCGACAACAUCACCCCGGACUUCAUGGGGAGGUUGGUCGUGACGGCGUGGGACGCGUAUCUGCAGGGGAAGCCGCUGCAUUGUAUCGCCGUCAGUGACAUCGGGUAUUUUGCUGCGCAGGCGUUUCUCAACCCGGCUGAGUACCGGAACCGGUGUCUGUCGUUGGCGGGGGAUGUGCUUACGUAUGAGCAUAUGCAGGAGGUGAUGCGGCGGAAGAUGGGAAGGGAGGCGCCGACGACGUUCCGGGUGGUUUGUUAUAUGGUGAUGUGGAUGGCCAAGGACAUGAGGCUUAUGUUUGAGUGGUUCUAUGCGCAUGGCUACCGGGCUGAUAUUCCCAGGUUGAGGGAGAUGUAUCCCGGGUUGAAGGAUUUCGAGAAGUGGUUGGAGGAGGAUAGUCAGUUUGUUAAACAUUAG